UCACACACGUCAUUAAUUUCAUUUAACAUCAUAUCCAAUCCGUAUCUCAAGUGUAUAAUGAUCGCGGUGGUCUCGCUAAUUUUUUCAUACGAUUCUAUUUAAAGUGGUGCAGUGAGUGAAUAAGUGCCGACACGAUCAUAUUAACAAUUAGAUAGUUGAAAUACAAUAGCAAAAUGUUUAGCUGGCUUAAGAAGGAGGGAGAAAAAUCUGAAAGUAUCGACAAUGUCGUCGAAGGGCUUAAAAGAAUUUAUAAAACUAAACUCCUCCCUCUGGAACUGCAUUAUCAAUUUCAUGACUUCCACUCACCGCAAUUGGAGGAGCCUGACUUCGAUGCCAAGCCCAUGAUACUUUUGGUAGGACAAUACUCAACCGGUAAAACGACCUUCAUCAAAUAUCUCCUAGAAAGAGAUUUUCCGGGUAUCAGAAUCGGUCCGGAGCCCACGACCGAUCGGUUUAUAGCAGUAAUGUAUGACGAAAAAGAAGGCGUAAUACCAGGUAACGCUCUCGUCGUCGACCCAAAGAAACAGUUCCGCCCUCUAAGUAAGUUCGGUAACGCCUUCCUAAAUAGAUUCCAAUGCUCCACCGUCGUGUCCCCCGUCCUCCGCGGCAUCUCCAUAGUGGAUACCCCCGGCAUUCUCUCAGGAGAGAAGCAGCGAGUGGACAGAGGCUACGAUUUCACGGGUGUCCUGGAAUGGUUCGCCGAACGAGUGGAUCGUAUCAUAUUGUUGUUCGACGCUCACAAACUUGAUAUUUCCGAUGAAUUCAGAAGAAGUAUUGAAGCUUUAAGAGGUCACGAUGACAAAAUUCGUAUAGUAUUGAACAAAGCUGAUAUGAUUGACCACCAGCAGCUGAUGCGAGUAUACGGCGCGCUCAUGUGGUCGCUGGGUAAGGUUCUCCAGACGCCCGAAGUGGCUCGAGUCUAUAUCGGUUCGUUUUGGGACCAGCCGUUGCGAUAUGACGUCAACAGACGUCUGUUUGAAGACGAAGAGCAGGAUCUCUUCAGAGACAUGCAGUCUCUUCCGCGAAAUGCUGCAUUACGUAAAUUAAACGAUUUGAUAAAAAGGGCACGCCUUGCUAAGGUUCAUGCAUACAUUGUAAGUGAAUUGAGAAAAGAAAUGCCUUCAAUGUUUGGAAAAGAUGGAAAGAAAAAGGAGUUGAUCAAGAACCUCGGUCAAGUGUACGACCGCAUCCAAAGAGAACAACAGAUAUCUCCUGGUGAUUUCCCUGACAUUAAGAAAAUGCAAGAAACUUUGGCUAAUCACGAUUUCACCAAGUUCCACCCACUGAAGCCUAAGUUACUUGAAGUAGUUGACCACAUGCUAGCGACAGACAUCGCCCGGCUGAUGGACAUGAUCCCACAGGAAGACGUCAACGUUGUCACAGAGCCUCUCAUCAAGGGCGGGGCGUUCGAGGGCGUCGAGGACCAGGUGUCGCCGUUCGGGUACGGACGCGGCGAGGGCGUCGACGCCGGCCACGGCGACCCCGAGUGGAUUUGCAGCAAGGAGAAGCCGCACUACGACCAGAUCUUCCACUCGCUCAACCCCAUCGAUGGCAAGGUCACCGGCGCGGCUGCGAAGACGGAGAUGGUGAAGUCGAAGUUGCCGAACUCUGUGCUCGGCAAGAUCUGGAAGCUGUCGGACAUCGACAAGGACGGCUUCCUGGACGAGGACGAGUUCGCGCUCGCCAUGCACCUCAUCCAAGUGAAGAUCGACGGCCACGACCUGCCCGCCGAGCUGCCGCCGCACCUCGUACCGCCCUCCAAGCGCAACUAGCUGCCCCGCGCCCUCUCUGAGGAUACGACGUUCUCUAAUGUUUUCAUAUAAUGAGAUGACGUCCAAACCGCUUUAAUAAACUGUAAAACGUGUAACUUUCAUAUCUGGAGAGUGCGGCGCUCGGCUAUCAACACAACUGUUAAUGUUUACUUGAUUAAACGGUAAAAUUUGUUUUGUUUUGUCAUAGAAAACCGUACAGCCUUACGAAACGUCGCAGCGUGCAGGCUCGUCCCCGUACCGAUUUUAUUAUUUGUAUGUUAGUUAAUUACACGUGUACGCACAAUUUUAUGAGGUUUAUGGUUCACGAAAAAAGAAUAUCAUAAUCAACAUAAAUAUGCAAGGUGUGCGGCGGCCGCGAGGUGUGCUGCUUGUUGCCCCUUGCUGCCUUCUGCUUCGACACUCUGCUCACUCUGACACGGGAAGGUACCCCCCCCCACCAGUUCCCGAGUCACCCCAACUACUAACCAGUAAGACGCAGUGCAACGCGCGAGCAAUGCCUCUACGCGGAGGGGCAAUACUUAGCUGUACGAUUAAUUUAUUCCAAGAGUUAAAACGUUUGGUGCUCGCAGAGUUUUCAUUUAUAUUUGAUGUAAAUUUAUAAAGAUGAGUUUACUUUUAAGUACAUUAUCAUAUUUUGCAAUUAGUAUUGUUUGUUACAUAAAAUUUAUUUAUUUAAAUACUAAGUUGUAUCGCGGAUUCUUAACACUUUACGUUUUAUUCGUACAAAAUUUGUUCCUAUUAAAAAAUUGGCUUUGCUUUAUAUUCUCGAGACCUGCCUCGGCGCUCGGCUGUCGGCUGGCGGCAGGCCAGGCCGCGGUGUUUCUGCAAUCUAAUAUUUAACUCGCUACUAUUUAUGCUGCAUUUAUCGUAAUACACUUCAUAGUUGAGUGCGUUUCCGCAGUCUGCAGCUAGCGCCCGCGCCGCCCGAGGCGGGCCCUGUGUAAAUACCUUAUUUUGUAUGUGUUACAAGUUUUGGAACAUGUCGUCGCGACAUUUUUACAUUUGCUACUAUGUGUACAUAAAAUAUGUAAAUGUAUUUAUCAUAAAUUAUACAGAGAGUGUA